CCAAACCACCAUCAACAAAAAGAUCGAAGAUGGGAUAGGCACUCCACGGUGCCUGCGCUYGUACUAUACACCUCCACAACGCAACCCAGCCCUCCGAAACGAUGCCGAAUCACAGCGGCGGCGACGAAUUCGGCUUCUGCCCCGUCCCGGGAAGCGUGGACGCUCGCACGAUCGUUGCCGGCCAGGACCGCCGCGCCUUUGCACGCCGCAGCCUCCGGKCGGGCGAGGUGGUGCUCCGGAACGCCCCCACCGCCCACGCCCUGUUUYGUGAGCAACGGAGGGAGCGAUGUGCACACUGCUUGUCCACCACCCGGGGAGCGGGCGACGAGAAGRUUUCCCGAUCCACGAAGUUGCUCCGCUGCGGGGGAUGCAAGCAAAUUUGGUACUGCUCCCGAGACUGCCAAAAGGAGGACUUUUUCUUCCACARGGUCGAAUGCAAGCAAUCGUCGAUUCUGCUGACGCCAGCGGAGAUCGGCCAACAGAGCGACGAUGCGGCSCUGCUGGUCCGGAAUUUUCUUGCGCUGCACGUCCGACGAAACGGCAACAAUCCAAAACACGGCGGCAGCAGUGACAGCAACGAGUGCUGCCAGCCUUCCAAGGACGGCACCGUUCGCUGUGGAUCGGAYCAUUUCGAAAGCCUCCAACAGUAUCGCAAAGAACGCCCAUUGGAUGCCCGAGAAAGACAAGACAUCCGGCGCGCGGCACGGGCUCUGUGGAACCAACGAACAACCCUUCACAAACAACUGAAGAACACUUCCUCCGACGCCCUCCGGAGCCUCUCGGAGCUGGAGGAGCGGCUCGAGGGCGACCUGCGGAGGUUUCGUGUCAACAACUUUGGGGUGACGAAUCCGAUGGUCCGGGUCGUCGCUUCGGGCGUCUACCCCCUCGGGGCCCUGCUGAACCAUUCGUGUGCUCCGAACUGUCUGCUGCGCUACGACUUUGCUUCCAGCGGAGGGAGCGCACAGCGGCGGGUCGCCCCCCCGAUGGAAAUCGUUGCUGCCCGGGACAUUUCCGAGGGGGAGGAACUCACCCACUCGUACGUUGAGCUGGUCUCGUCGGUGGACUCCCGGAGGUCAAACUUGAGAGAAAUCUAUGGCUUCGACUGCCACUGCGCGAGGUGUCAAGCGCCUCCUGCCGGUGGUKUGUUUCAAACAACGCUGCCCGGGAACUACCGGUCUUUGUCGCCYAUCGGGCUGACCCAAUGGGUGUUGCAACACUGCAAUCCAGCADCCCCCUGCCAAGACAACGAUUCGUCUCUUGUGCGCGUAAACCAGGACCUUCUUCUGCAACCACCGUCCUUCGAUGAUACUACUUCCGAUAGCAAUGGCACGGCCGUGGUUGAUGCCGGCAAAGCCAAGCAGCGAGAAGCACAGUGCUGCAUGAUAAAUGGCGACAUGGAUGGCGAACUCGCCUGUUUGAAAGAGGCCGUUCGGCUCUUUGAGUCCUCGUUGAAACCAACGGCAACGCCGACGCAUACCCUGCCGUUGUCCCUGGAUCUCUACAAGGCUCGCUGCGACCGAUUGGGGUCCUUGAUCGUUGCGGGAGGAGAAGCCUUUUUGGAGGAGGCGCUCGUGGAGUGCGAACACGUCGUGUCUUUUCUUUGCCUGGCACUGAACCACGUACCCAACCACUCGUUGCUCGGCCUACAGCUAUUUACCCUGGGUGACCUUUACGAAGCGAAUGGAAAACGAGACAAAGCACAGUCGACUUAUAUUUGGGCUAGGAGAACACUACGAAUCAGUCAAGGAGCCAGAAGUGAUAUGGUUGUGAUGCUAAACGAAAAGAUAAUCAAAUCGUGAUAAAGAUUGGUUUUAUAUCA